CGGUCGGCGGACGUGGCCCGGCUUCUCUGCCUCUCGCGCUCUCUGGGUCUCUCCGCGCCGCCAUGGCCGCUGCUCUGUGCCGCGGCGCCUCCCCCCGCCCCGGCCCGGCGCGGCUGCUGCUGCUGCUGCUCGGAGGCCUCCUGUGCGCGGCCCCGGCGCGGGGCGACGCGGAGCCGGACCCGGAGCUGGAUCCGCACGUGCGGCACCGUUACAACGCCGAGAUGCUGCGCCACGGCGCCCAGAGCGCCCCGCACUUCGUCAUGUUCUUCGCCCCCUGGUGUGGACACUGUCAACGUCUACAACCAACUUGGAAUGAUCUGGGAGACAAAUACAACAACAUGGAAAAUCCAUCAGUCUAUGUUGUAAAAGUGGAUUGCACUAUAGAUAUUCCACUCUGCUCUGAAUUUGGAAUCAGAGGAUACCCCACCCUAAAGCUGCUUAAGCCAGGCCAAGAACCUGUGAAAUACCAGGGUCCUAGAGACUUUCAGGCACUGGAAAGCUGGAUGUUGCAGACACUAAAUGAGGAACCAGCUGAGCAAGAAUCUGAUCUGCAACCACCAAAACUUCCGGAACCUAAACAGGGAAUGCAUGAUCUCUCAGCAGCCAAUUUCAAGAUGCAUGUAGCAGAAGGUAAUCACUUUAUCAAAUUCUUUGCCCCUUGGUGUGGCCACUGCAAGGCUUUGGCUCCAGCCUGGGAACAGCUGGCCUCGGUUCUUGAACAUUCUGAAACUGUCAAGAUUGGCAAGGUUGACUGUACACAACAUUCUGAAGUCUGUUCUGAAAACCAAGUUCGUGGAUAUCCCACCCUCCUCUGGUUUAGGAAUGGUGAAAAGGCUGACCAGUAUAAAGGAAAGAGGGAUUUGGAUUCAUUAAAGGAAUAUGUUGAUUCUCAGCUACAAAAUGCUGAGAGAGCCCCAGAUGCUGAUAAGCCAUCUGAAGUUCCACAGCAGCCUGCAGAACCCCCUCAUGAUGAGGCUACUGUCCUGUCUCUCUCUGAAAAAGACUUUGACCAAACCAUUGCUAAAGGGGUUACCUUUAUUAAAUUCUAUGCGCCAUGGUGCGGUCACUGUAAGAACUUGGCUCCAACUUGGGAGAACCUCUCCAAAGAACAAUUUCCAGGUUUGACAGAUGUCAAAAUAGCAAAAGUAGAUUGCACCAUCGAACGUAACGUCUGCAACAGAUUUUCUGUGAACGGUUAUCCAACACUGUUGCUUUUCCGAGCAGGGGAGAAAGUCAGUGAACACAAUGGAGCCAGAGAUCUUGAAACGCUGCAUAAGUUUGUUUUGCGUCAGGCAAGGGAUGAAUUGUAAAACACACAUGGAUACUUCUGCCCUGACUGUUCUUGUACACUAAUGGGGAGAGUUAAAUCAAGUUAAUGUUAUUGAUUUUCAAAGGGCGGGGUUGGUUUUUUGUUGUUGUUUUUGAAAACUGAAUGUACUGACUUGUGGUAUCUUCCUUGUGUGUGUGUUUUAAAGCCACACCGUACUGACUUUUUCAUUGUUUGUCAAGGAAAACUGGUAACAAGUAGUUACUGUGCAAAUUGAGUAUUUUCAGCAUUAGUAUUACUACAUUUCUACCUUCCCUGUUGAGAUAUAAAUGGUUUCCUUUGAGCCUAAAAUAGAUGAGGAAAAUCAAGUUAAGGGACUGGGUAAACUAUUUUUGAAUUUGGGUAAAGGCUUGCUACCAAAGUACAGCUUAUAAAGUGCUCACCGUUACUAGAAAGGUGCAAGCCACAGCUGUAUUAAUAAAUGUUGCCUUUUCAACUGAAGCUAAAAACUCUGUCUUAAUAUAGCAGCUGGUCAAAAAUUGGGAGGUUGAAAAAGAAAACACACCCCUUUGGAAGAUACCAGGCCACUGCUAGCUGCUUGUUUCCUGUUCAUAUUUCUCUAGUCAUGGGAGGCCCUAGCCAUAAUGAAAGUAGUGGUACUUUUACUAUGUGCCUGAAUAUUACUGAUGCCAUAGGAGAUGGGGGAUUUUAUAACAGUUCAAACAGGACACUUCUCUUCACUGCUAGAGGAGAGGAUGCUAUCAUAACAACCACUUCAUUAUUUUCCAAGAGAUGUCUACCUCUUUAACACAUUUAGAAACAACUGGUUGCAAAUAAUUUUCUGUACCAUAUUUAUCUUGCCCCAGUUUACUGCUAGAACCACUCAUCUGACUUAAGCAGCAGGAGCAGCUGAACUCAUGGGGUUUAUUUAAUAAGCAGAUUGAUACUUCAAAAGUGUUUCUUGUUCCUUAAAAUGAGAAGCAAAACUCUUCUUCAAUACCACUGUAAUUCAGUUCCUGUUGCUACCUUUGAAUGGGAGGACCAUACACAUUGUUGCCUUGAAUGAUGACCUACCUGAUUGUGUGAGGUGUUCUAAUACAUUAAAGCCAAAGAAUUUACAA